AUGAUGGAAGGCUCUGUCCGUGGUACCAAAUUCUCCUACUCUGCUUCUGGAUGGGUUAAUUCAGACGCUUUCAUCCAAUGGUUCCUGAAGCAUUUUCGGCUCCUCGUUCCUCUUCGCCCUCUCGUCCUAUUCUACGACGGUCAUCUUCAGUUCGUCAGCGUCCGCGUUUUAGAACGGGCUCGCGAAGACGAUGUAUUCCUUUUUCCUCUUCCGCCUCAUCCCGCCUACAAUCAUUGUGUAGAGAAUACCUGUUUUUGGGCUUUUAAUGUUUACUUCAAGAAGCGAUUGGAUCGGUUUUUCGAACAGAAUCCAAAUCAACCGCUUGUUCGAAACAAUGCAUCGCCCGUUUUGACCCACGCAUACGAGAAAGCUCUGCAGCCGUCUAAUAUGAUCCAGUUAUUCGAGCGUCUUGGAAUUUGUCCUUUCAAUAACUUGUCCAAUGCAAUUGGCGCGUACAUGAAUAUGACGGAAGAGUACGAUCAAACGAAUGCAGUGGGUGAACAUGCUGAACAACAUUUGCCCUAUGAUAACUUUUCCGGUCAAACCCAAUGGUCCAAAAUUCACCAAAUGAGUGCAUUCAACAACUUCGUGCCAAAUUCACUGACGAAUGGUGAAACUAAAUUGCAUCCGGGCCUUUCCGUUCAAGGACCUAAUCAAUCAACAGCAGUGGUUGGACCGUCCUCGACAGAAUCCGGUCCAGAUCGCAUACCUGUAGUACCACUGGUGUCAAAAUCUGUUAUUCAUCCAACGACUGCUGUACUGGAUAAUUCUCCUAAAUCGUUGCCAGCCGUAUUGGCCCACGUUCCUACGGUAACUCGACCGAUCACCAUCCGGCUUCAUGUUCCUGCACUACGUACCGGUCAAGUUCUGAUUUGCACACCAAGCGAACCAGGCGUAGGAACUCAUCCGACCCAAGCUACGACUGUCGCCACAAGCGGGAUGAGUGUACUUACGCCAAAGGUCGAACCGAACGUGUGUGUACCUACCAUGCCUUCAAACACUUCUGCUACUUCGAGCCAGACACUCUCGGAUACGGUAAGUCAUCCCGAUGUGGACGUUGCGCAUGAAGAGGAGGUUGGUUUUGAAGGUCCUCAUUCUCAAGGCAUACCAGCCACACCGCGCACAAUGAGCGGGGAACAGUAUGGGUUCACUGGGGAUCAAGGCUGGGCAGACACUGGGGCGGCCGUAGAAUGCAUAGACGAAAUCGAAGACGGCGAAGCACCUGACUUUUGUGUGGUCUGUGGUCAGCUUGAACCCCCCGAAUCUGCAUGUCGACCGAUGUCAGACGGGGAGAAUGCGGAUGAUUUGCAGGCGAGUUCAUUUUCAUUUUGUAUUUAUGAAUUAUUCAGUUUAGCUUAUUGA